AUGGUCCUCGGGGAAAACGCCGCCAAGUCCACAGGCCUCCAAGACCCGGUGUUCUACGCACUGCUGAUUGUCGGUCCAAGUCAAAUCCAGCUCGAUAUCGCUUAUUUGUUCGCUGUCAUCAUUUAUCAGAACAGGAGAUUCAUUAAUAUCAACUUCAGUGACCGAACUCUGCUGACGCAGGACCUGGCCUCGAUCAGUCAACGGCCUAUAAUGUCGUUCGUCGAGGAGACCGAGUGGAGUCUGGUAAUUGCUGGGAACCGGUUUGGUUUCGACUACUCGAGAGCGCGUGAGUGGUAG